CAUUGGCCCCCCGUCAUGUGACUUUUUAUGUGACUUGCAUUUCCUCAUCCAGUCGGCAGCUCGACAGUCAGCUAAAUAUCCUCCAACUGCUGGGCUCUUGACUGUUUUUUUCACCGUCAAAAUGCAGGACAUCAUGUUCCGAUACUUCGCGUUUGCACUUCUCCUGGCAUUUGGAUGUGUACUUCACCAUUCACAUGGGACCGAAGUGACAGUCAAAGACAAAGAUGACAAGUUGUGUCUUUACGCCAAUCUCAUGGUCAACUUCUCUGUUUCGUACACGACGUCAGAGAACAAGAGCGAGCUUGCCGAGUUUGAACUUCCCGCCGAGGUUUCGUCGAACGGAAGUAAGUGCGACGCCACGAGUUCGACCUUGAAGCUCAGCUUCGGAGCGGGACACUCCUGGAGCGUGAACUUCAUCGUCAACGGGACCACCUACCAGGCGGAUGACGUCACGUUCUCCUACAACCUCAGCGACUCUACCGUCUUCCCUAACUCUGCAUUGAACGACACUCUUUCCGUGAAUGCAAGACCUCACAUCACUGACAUAAGCAUGGACACAUGCUACUCCUGCAAGAGCAAAGAGACCAUUCAGUCCGACAUGGUCAACCAGACCCUAUGGAACGUGCUAAUCCAGGCGUUCAUCAAAAAUGGAACGCAGAGUGAAAACUUGACCACAUGUGCCGCCGACUUGCCUGUAAUACCCACCCCCACUCCCACCCCAGUGGUUCCUGUGACAAACACCACAGCCAGCACUCUCGCUCCUACAACCCCCCCGACCCCCACCCUACCCACACCCACAAUCGGGAACUUCAGCAUCAAGCCGGACGAGAACAGCACAGCCUGUCUGUUGGCAAACUUUGCCCUGCGGAUUGGCGUCAAGCAAGGCGAGAAGUAUCAGGAAAUGAACCUGGACCCUAACGUGACCACAGUGUCUGGAUCGUGUGGAGUCAACAGUAGUGAGCUGGUGUUGGUGUCUAAUGCCAUGACCGUAGCGCUCACUUUUACCAAUAACACGAAUAAAUUCCACCUGCAGGCUAUGAAUGUUACGGCAAAGUUGAGUUCUGGUGUAGUCUUCUCCGCUGCAAACAGUAGCUUGAUUCUGUGGGAGGCAGCAUUGGGCAGCUCGUACAUGUGCAACAAAGAGCAGAAUUACUCCAUCACCAGCCAACUCAACAUCUUCACCUUCAACCUCCAAGUACAGCCUUUCGCCGUGAAGAAAGGCCUCUUCAGUACAGCCCAUGAGUGUCCAAUGGACGACACCAGCAUCUUAAUCCCAAUCAUUGUCGGCGCUGCUCUGGCUGGCUUGAUUCUCAUUGUAGUGAUCGCAUACGUGAUUGGUCGGAGAAAGACCUAUGUUGGAUAUCAGACCCUUUAAGAAGCCACUUUGCAAAUCAGUAACAAAAUACAAACGGGGUCCUCCCAAGCCUGGUCCUUGGAUUCACGUACAAUCAACUCGAUUGGCUCUCGACCACUGAAACUCUUUCAGUGGAAUCAGAAAUGUUGCUUAAAGAUAUUAAAAAGUGCACAAAUGGCAUUUCUGAGAGUUUGCAGGGACAGCAAUGUGCUAGUUUUUCUGCAAGGACCAAACUUGUCUGCACCCCAUCUGUUUAUUUUCCAUUUGUUUGUUUCUUGUCAUUGAGCAAAUGCAACAUCUACAUUUCUUAGGUCACAUGGAAAGGACAGAAGCGUCUUAGUGAAUUGGAAGAUCACAAACUUGUUCAAUUCAAAAAAGUUAAUCCAGAAUUUUUUCAUGUAGGUUAAUAAAAAACAGACUGAUUUUAUUUUCAAGGACUUUGUUCUUUCUCUAGGCAAGAUGCAGCCUCUAACCAAUUAGUUUAUCAGUAGUAGACGUCCAAUUCGGACUUGACUUGACUAGACUUGAAUGUCAUAAACCUCAGUUCUAGCACUGCAGUACUAGAUAUAGUAUUGAUAUGGCACUAAAAGUAAGACAUCGGUAUCUGGGAGUGCUGAAAAAUAACGUGCAAUAUGUACUUUUUGCGAUCUACUCUCCACCCGCUGCUCGACCUACCCAAGAUGCCUACCAGCUAAGCGUGACACAGUUAAAAAAAAGGAGCACUUGUCGUCCUUCCCAAAGAUGACGAUAGACAUCGAAUUGUGUCGUCAAAUCAUCCCUUUGCUUUGAAUUUCUACGAGUUUAUCACUAGUAGACGUCCAAUCGGAGAAAAGGGAAAAUAUGUAUUUCCAAAAAUAAAUGUAUCAGUAAUAGGAGUGUGGUAUUCUCAGUAUCUGUAUCGGCACCCGAUAUGGCUAUUUUUGGAGUAUCGAAUUUGGUCACAAGGUCUGAUACGAUCCAGUAAUCACAUGUUUUCAGUACCAUUUCUACUGGUCUAAAAAUAUAGGCAUCAGAUCGGUAUCGGCAAGACAUAUUGAAAAAAAUCUGAUCGGACAUCCUAAAUUUAGACCUUAAACUAUACAGUAUCACCAACGGGAGCUGAAAAAUGGUAUUGCACAUCUGUGAGUAAUAAACACAUUGAAAUUCAUAAAACGAUGAUUAGACGAUACAUGAUUGGAUGUGUAUCAUCUUGGGAAAGGCGACAAGUGUUCCUUUUUACACGGCCAUGUGCGUGCUGGCGGCCAUCUUGGGUAGGGCGACCAGCGGGUGGAAAGUAGAUCACGAAAGAGCAUAUUGCACGUUAUUUUUCUGCACUUUCGGAUACUGAUUUCUUAUAGUGCCAUGUCGGUACUGGUACUGAGUUUGUACUAAGCUUCUUAAGUAAGUAAGUUUUAUGACUUUCAAAUCUGCAAAGUUGGAGGCCAUCUUGGGUAGGGCGACCAGUGGUUGGAAAGUAGAUUGUGAAAAGUACAAAUUGCAUGCUAUUUUUGAGUACUCCUCGAUACAACUUCAUGUUAGUGCCAUAUCAGUACUGUAUCUAGUACUACAGUAUUAGUAGUUUAUAUUAAGCUUCUGAAGUAAAUUGAGUUUUAUGACAUUCAAAUCUUUUAAGACGCACCUGUAAAAAACAAUAUAGCAGUGCUAUACCUUCAGAUCUUGCAUUUGCUCUGCUGACACUCCCAUGUUGAUUCCAUGUAAGAUUUCAUAUCUUUGCACAUUAUAUACUUUUAUUUUUUUGUUUGAUUUUUGUGUUUUCAUCCCCAUAAUCCAGGAGUGGGGAACCUACGUCCUGUUUAAAAAAAAUCAAAUCGAACCUUGGCUCAAUUGCAGUUAAAAGCCAGAAAACAUGUAAACAACAGAUAUUGGAAAUCUAUCUAAUUUCUAAAACUUUUCAGGCAAAAAGGUUCCCCACCCCUGCCUUAAUUGAAUUUAUUGAUGCUGAAUAUCUUCUCAGGAUUCGUGUGUUAAUGCUUUAUUCGUGCAGAAAACGAAAUCCAUCACCAAAGGGUGUAGGUUUGCACCACUAGAAAUGCAUUUCAAGGAAGCUUUAGCCAAUGUUUGCUUCCUGCAGAGCAGGAGAGACGAUAUAUAUUUGCAAUCAUAAAAGAUAAUUUUAUCCCCCGGCCAACUUGGGAAAACGUUUUGACGCGCCAAGCAAACCAGCACCGUAGACGCGUCACGACGUUUUCUGCUCUUUUGCACGAGACAAAAAAAAAAAUCUGAAAAGUCUUUCAAAAUUGUGCUAGACACUAGGUUCUGAAAAGGGAUGGUUUUGUUUAAUUUGAGAAUGUUUUCAUGUACAUGCACUAAAAUGCUUUUAUUUUUGAAUAAGGCUAUUCACAGAUCUAUGUAUUUGGAAUUUGUGUUAUUUGAUUUUGUGUUGCUAUCCUGGCUCUGACAACUGCAGGUGCUCCCAAAUUAGUCCAAAUAUAUUCAUGGGACUGGUGGCAGGUUUCUGCUUCCUUAUUGGCUAGUACGUAGAAUUGAAUUUCUCUAAAUGGCUUAUAAUAAAUCGAUAUGGCGAUAUGACACCAUUUUUUUCAUCCCAAUGGGUUAUCGAUAUGCUCGUGCUCCCACCAAGAAUCGAUCGUUACUGAUAGGUUGCUAGUGAUAUUUUACACUAGAACAGUGUCGAUGUUAACUCAUUGGCUGCUAUUAACGACGCUAGACGUCCAAUACAUUUAGACUGGGAGCAGAGGCGGUCCUGGCCUAAAGGGUGCCAUGGCUGAACCGAGUUGGGGGGUUUAGCUAGGGAUGGGACGAUACAUAAACUCACGAUACUAUGAGCCUCAAUAUGCCAGGGCCACGAAACGAUACUUGAUGAUGUGAUAAAAAUGAAUAAUUAACUGUGAAAUUAAAACGUGUUUCCCUAUGUGCAACUGAAACAAAAACAUAAGGCCAAUUAGUCAUCUCACAUUUUGUGGAUUUCGGGCUGUGAAUUUAAAUUAUCAAAAGAUAGUAAAAAUACUUUCCAAAAAAAAAAAUAUUAUUCCAAAAUAAAAAUUAAUAACAAAUUAUCCAUAUAGCACUCGUAUAGUAACACAAUCAAUCAAAUUUAUGAAGAACAAGCCCUGCUGCCUUCAACACUGUUGUCGUCCAACAGGCCUUCAGCCUCCUAGCAUGCAUUGCGGCAUUAAAGAUUUGCACAACUACAUAUUCUGUACAAUUUAUUUCCUCAGUUGCUGUUCUGAUUGUUUCAUUAAUUUCUAGUUAUGCUAUUUAGUUUGUUCGGUGAUCAUUUUAAUCUGAAUGACCUUUGAUUUAAUGAAAAGCUCUUCUUCUGCUUACACAUUAUAAGCAGAAAAUGUUUCUACCUCUCUCAUGAGCGCCACAAAGUGACUGCUGGCUACCCCUGGUAAUAUUUGCAAGCUAUAUUGCUCAAAUUAUGUGACAGUGCAUUUUUGAUCAAUUUUUUCAAACUCUCCUCGCACAUCUCAGACGUUCAUUGGCUCUUCCCGGUUUUAUUAAAUUGGACGACUAUCGUUGUCAUUGGCAGGCAAUGAGUUAAGAAAGACACUCUGUGUUGACAAGUAUGCAAAAUUGUGGUGUCGAGGUAUUUAUUUGCAAAAAAGUUGCUAUAAAAUAUUCAGAUUUUUUUUUGUCAGAUUGCAUCUUAUCAUCAGGCACCCAGAGGUUCACACCUAUAAUUUAUUGCCAACAUUCUCUCAUACUAGCACUGCAGCCCAUCAGAGCCUCAGGAGAACAACAAUGUGUGUGUUUGUGUGUGUGUGUUUUUGAUUUUUUUCUUUUUGUUGCGACGAUAACAAGCCAGUGUGACACUUUGUAUGAUGGAGUAUUCGGGCCAUGCUGAAAAAGAAAAAGCUAUUAAUUUACAGGAAUGAAAUUGGAAAGGUGAGAUGGAUGAAACGUUGCAAGGAAAUGUAACAUUGAGUUUGUUUUGGGGGGGUUAAAAAUUGACAUGUUGCAGGAAUCAAAUUCAUGAUAUGGCUGUAAAGAAAGGCUAACGAUUUGUAACUCAUUUCUGCCUAAUGGCUAACAUUAUCAUUUUUUUUUCUUUUCGCUAACACAUAUUUUUAUGACAAAGGCAGAGUACCGCGAUGCAAAAAUCUCAAUUCGGCAAAAAUAUGGUAACACUUAAUUUGACAGUGGGUUAAUAAGACCAUCAUAAUUAUGACAUGACACUGUCAUGACCAUUAAUGACAACUUAACGUCAGGUCAUAAGCAAAGUCUCACCCGGCAAAUUGUCUCUUAUGACAAUUCGACAUAUGAAUUAUGUCACUUUUUAUGCUAAGUUGACAUUGUUUGAGAUAUCUUUGUCCUGACAACAAAAGCCAAGACAAAAUUCCCAGUCGUAAACAUGACAUAGCAGACCGUGACAUGACACAAUUAUGACACUGUCAUGAACUGAUUUGACAGUGUAAUUACGCUUCAUGAAAGGUUCAAAUUUUUCCACUUGAUUUGAACACUAGGGAAAUAAAUGGUCAUGACACUAUCACAAAUGUCAACUUUGCAUCAAAUGUGACAUAAAUUAUAUGUCAAGUUGUUAUGACAGUGACACCAAAAGUGACAUAAUUUGCCAGAUGCCACUUGAUGACAUCUGUAUAAGCAUUCAUGCUCAUGACACUGUCAUGUCAUAAUUAUGACAAUCUAUGAAACCCACUGUAAAAUAGUGUUGCCCAAUAUGACUUAGGCAAUUAUACUGUUAGGCUAACAAAAUCUAACAAAUAAUUGCUAUAUGAAGAAGGAAAAAUACUAAAAUCUGGUAUAUUUCUAGUAUUAUGCACUCACAUGCAACAUGACUGACAUAUUUUGCAACUUUAUACUGUCACUGUCACACAUUUCCAUCGUAUUUUGACAUACUUCACAAUUUCAUUCCUCUCGUUACAAAUCGUUGCAUCGUCUUAUGAUUAAAAUCUUGAAUAUCUGUUUUUGGUGUGGCCCAAAUAUGCCUUUGUACGGUCCGAUUUAAAAACUUUUAAUUUUGCUUCUGCCAGGAUUCUGUGUGGUGACUUAUUUUCACUUUGUCGCUACGUCAACUGAUAGAGACUAGUGCCUUGCUCAGUAUAAGUACUGGUUUGACUAAAGCCUACAUGCGGCUUAUUAUUUCUCCCUCAUCUUCUCACAUGUUCAAUAAAAGGGAAUCUUUGUGUGUAAAA